GGGUUUGUGUGCAACUUAUACAGUGUUUAUAAUGUUCAAAGUGUGAACACGGUGCAUAAGAUUUUUGUUGAGAAAUCAUGAAAACCUGAGUUGAUGCCAGCGACAAGUGAUGCCCUAUGCCACAACAUCCAGUGUGUCCAUUACCAAACCAUGAUCUGGAGGAAAGCCUGUGAAUCUAUUCCAUCACGCCCCGAAUUCACAGAGAUGCGUUGGACAAGAGCAAACAAAGGUCUAUAACCCCUAGUGAUGUCUUUGGAUGCCAUUCCUGAAACCUGUCGUGCACUUAUUACAUGAACAUGUCAAACAAAAUGUCAAACAAUGCGCUGCAAAUGGCAGAGAUCAAAUCUUCCUUGCACUACUGUGUGUGACUGCUGGAGGCCUGGUGAUGAGGAAAGUUGUUUCAAUGACAAUUCUAAUGUGCAGUAAAGUUUAUUGAUGAAGUGUCAUGGAUCAAAGUCAAGUCACAAAGAUGGUUAUUUAAUGGAUCUUUGAAUAUUAAGUGAUGUUGAAUUCCAGUCUAAGUAAACUUAGGCUCAGUAUUUUUCGUUACACUGCUAUACUGAGUCUAACAAACCCUUAUGGAAGGUCGCAUCAGAUGACCUUUGAGUGACCUAUGACCGUCCAAUCAAAAGCGAGACGGCCGAAGAGAUUUCACCAAUCAGACAAUGGCUACUAUUUUGCGUUCGACGGGACUUACAAAAUGGCGACGCAAGAUGAAAUUGACAGUGCGCUCGGAAAAGUUCUUCCGCAUUUCGGUGUAAAAGAGAUGAAAAAGCAACAGAAAGAAAUUUUUAAUUGUUUGCUGGCGGAUAGAGACUGUGUUGCCACACUACCAACUGGAUUUGGCAAGUCACUUGCUUUUCAAACUUACAUUCCUGUUCUUCGCGUGUUGGAUUCUACACAUACAGGCUAGAUGACGUUUGCUGUCCGCUCGUGUCACUAAUGCACAAUCAAGUAGAUAAACUCUCCUCCAUUCUGGGCAUUGCUGCAGCGUACAGAGGUUUCAGUGAGUCAAGUGACAAACUUAUUCAAGAGGGAUCAGUAGAUAUCAUCUAUGCCUCUCCAGAGACACUUGUUGGUGACCCACUUUGGAGAACAGCACUACAAAAGCUCAAAGUUGAUGUGAUUGUCAUCGAUGAGUUCCACACAAUUGCAACAUGGGGACAUGGGAGUGAUGGUACCGAAAAAGAAGCUUUCAGGAAAUGGUUUGCUCACAUUGGGGAACGGCGAUCAUUGUUUCCUGAUGCAUGCAUACUAGCACUAAGUGCCACAUGCACAACAAAAAUUAGAAAACGUGUAGUGAAAGUGCUGUCCUUGAAAAUACAGAUGUCAUAAACAUGUCUCCAAACAAGACCAACGUUAAACUUGUUGUAGCUAAAGUGCCCAACACUGUUGAAAUUGCCAUGUCUUGGCAUGUGGACGGUUUAAGAGAUUUAAAGAAUCAUUUUCCUAGAACUGUUAUGUACUGGCAGACUAUCAGGGAUGUAACAAGAAUGUAUACCUACAUUACUGAAGAGCAGCCAAAUCUUGUGAAGCAAGUGGACUUAUGUUUCAUUCACAUACACCGCAGGAUAAAAAGAUGGAAAUUUUACAGGGCUUGAAAGAUACUAAGUUCACUAAGGUUGGUGGUGUGUACAAGUGCGCUUGGCAUGGGUGUUGACAUAGCAGGUUUUGACAGUGUUAUAAUAUACGGAAAUCCUGGUAACACAGUUGAUCUUGUACAGGAAAUAGGUCGAGUUGGACG